AGCUCGCGCCUCACGCCCCCGAGGCCUCGGGCUUCCCCUGCCGCUGCCCCUCGUGGCGCGCAGCCCCGGGCAGCCAAGGAGAGAAUCUCCGCUCGCCGGUGCCCCAAGCCUGGCCCGCGCACCCGCUGCCCGUGGACCCCGGAUUCCCGGUGCUCACGAUCACCCGUGCCGAGCCGGCCAAGUCCGCCAGCUCGGGUCCCCCGCCGCAGCCACUGCGGGCUCUCGGCUCCCGCGCCCUGCUUCCCCCGAAGAGCGGCAGCCCGAAGCGGCCGGCCCCCGCCGGCCUGCCCGGCCCGGCCCUGCUCAGGUCACUGCGCCCGUCCGCCGGGCACCGCCUCCUUGUCCCCACCCCGAGGCGGCUCGCCCUGCGCGCCUCGACGCGCAGCGGGGUGGGUCGGGCACCGCCGAGGCCGCGAGUGGAGACGGAACGCGCUCAGCCCCGGGCCACAGCAGCGCGGCCCGAGGGCGCACGCAGGACCCGGACCAGAGCUCAAAAAACAGUCGGAGGACAGGAAACACGCCUCGCCUCACCUCGGGGAAGGAAGAGGCCUUUUCUGGCCAUGUCUUCUGUAGCAGCUGCUGAACCAGAUGGGGACCAUCGGGAUGGGCAUGUCACCAAGCUCAUUUUCUUCCUUUUUGUCUUCGGGGCCGUCCUUCUGUGUGUGGGAGUUCUGCUGUCCAUCUUUGGGUACCAAGCAUGCCAAUACAAACCCAUCCCAGACUGCAGCCUGGUGCUGAAGGUAGCUGGGCCUUCGUGCGCAGUGAUUGGGCUUGGGGCUGUAAUCCUGGCCCGCUCUCGGGCAAGACUUCAGCUCCGGGAGGGGCGACAGCCAGGCAGCAAUCAGGCAGACAAUGAUCAAGCCUUCAUCUGUGGAGAGAGCCGCCAGUUUGCCCAGUGCCUCAUCUUUGGUUUUCUCUUCUUGACGAGCGGCAUGCUUAUCAGCAUUCUGGGCAUUUGGGUCCCUGGAUGUGGCUCAGACUGGGUACAGGAAUCCCUGAAUGAGACUGACACUGUGGACACAGAGCCCCCGAUCUGUGGGUUCCUCUCUCUGCAGAUCAUGGGCCCCUUGAUUGUGCUGGUGGGAUUAUGUUUCUUUGUGGUUGCCCACGUAAAAAAGAAGAACAACUCCAGCAUGCACCAGGACACUGCUGAGGGCGAGGAGGGGCACACCCAGAACACGGAGCCUGUCCAGGUCACUGUAGGUGACUCAGUGAUCCUAUUCCCACCCCCUCCACCACCUUACUUUCCUGAGUCUUCAGUUUCUGCUGGAACUCGAAGUCUUGGGGCCCACAGCGUGCUUCCUUCUGAAAAUCCACCUUCAUAUUACAGUCUUUUUCACCACAGCAGGACCCCAACUCCUGAGAGCGAGGGUGCAGUCUCUGCAGGAGGGCGGGAAGCUGUGUACACCAUUUCUGGGACUAACACACUCCCUGAGGUCACACUCCCUUCACACCUCUCCUUGGACUCGCCCCCUAGAUAUGAAGAGAAAGAAAACCCCACGCCCCCCUCCUUAGCCCCAUCUUCUGAGCCUUUUCCACCGUGAACUGUGGGAACCUGUGUAAUUUUGUAUAUAUAUAUAUAACUGAUCACUGUUUUCUGUGUUUUUUUAAAUAAAAAAAAUGCAACAGCA